GGCCAAACCCUUCUCCUUCCACAUCACAGCUUCCUCCCUCUCCGUCCCUCGCGUCGCGCCCGCUCCCCCGCCUCUUGGGCCAAUCACCAUUGCCCUCAUCAUGUCCUUCCGCCGCGUUCUCGCUACCUCUGCGCGCUUUGCCCGCCUGCCUCAAUUCCUGUUCUCGCAAUAUCGCACCUAUGCCUCGAAGAUUGUCAAAGUUCCCGAGAUGGCUGAGUCCAUCACCGAAGGCACCUUGAAGCAGUUCAGCAAGCAAGUUGGCGAUUAUGUCGAGCUCGACGAGGAGAUUGCCACCAUUGAGACGGAUAAGAUUGAUGUCUCCGUCAAUGCGCCUGAGGCCGGUACCAUUAAAGAGCUGCUCGUUAAGGAAGAGGAUACCGUCACCGUUGGCCAGGAUCUGAUCUCGAUGGAGCUUGGCGGUGCUCCUUCCGGUGGAAAGAAGGAGCAGGGCAAGGAACAACCCAAGGAGCCCGCGUCAAAGGAGCAAGAGACUUCUUCCCAGCCUAAGGGUGGCCAAGAGCAGGAAAAGUCUCAGGACAAGCCAGCACCUCCCAAGGAGGAGAAAAAACCGGAACCUCCUAAGGAGGAGAAAAAAUCUCAGCCUGCGCCAUCCAAGCAGGCGAAGGAGGAACAGCCAAAGAAGAGCGACACACCUUUUGGCAGCCGGGAGGAGCGUCGCGUCAAAAUGAACCGCAUGCGCCUCCGUAUUGCCGAGCGCCUGAAGCAGUCUCAGAACACUGCGGCGUCCCUGACCACAUUCAAUGAAGUCGACAUGUCUUCCUUGAUGGAGCUCCGUAAGCUGUACAAGGACGAUAUUCUCAAGAAGUCUGGCGUCAAACUCGGCUUCAUGAGUGCCUUUUCUCGCGCUUGCGUGCUCGCGAUGAAGGAGCUUCCGGCAGUCAAUGCCUCGAUUGAGGGACCCAACGGCGGUGACACGAUUGUUUACCGUGACUACGUUGACAUCAGCGUUGCUGUCGCAACCGAGAAGGGCCUGGUUACUCCGGUGGUGCGGAAUGCUGAGUCGAUGGACAUGGUUGGCAUCGAGAAGGCUAUUGCGGACUUGGGCAAGAAGGCUCGUGACAACAAGCUCACUAUUGAGGACAUGGCUGGUGGAAGCUUCACCAUUAGCAACGGUGGUGUCUUUGGUUCUCUCAUGGGUACUCCGAUCAUCAACUUGCCCCAAACUGCUGUUCUGGGUCUCCACGCUAUCAAGGAGAAGCCUGUCGCCAUCAAUGGCAAGGUUGAGAUCAGGCCGAUGAUGUAUCUUGCUCUUACUUACGACCACCGCCUUCUGGAUGGUAGGGAAGCUGUGACGUUCCUGGUCAAGGUCAAGGAGUACAUCGAGGACCCUCGCCGCAUGCUCCUCGGCUAGACAUCGCUCGAUAAUAGUUCCAGCGGUUAUCAUUGUUUCGUUGCAUAGCUGUAUACAUUAAAUAGAGCGCUGGUUAGCGCUUAUCUCAGUAAAAUGUAUAUGUACUUGUUCUCUAUUGUGUCGUACACGUAUAAACUUAAAAGUACUAAGGUAAUUGGAAUACCUAUAUCUACU